AUGGCUCCCCGUCCCAAACGGAGGUGGUCGUCGGGGCCCUCGGGGGCACCCGACGCCCAGCUAGCGGCGCAGCCAGGGGGCUUCUCGCCGCCCCCGGCCACGGAUCCCAAUCCUGCUGGAGCUGGAUCCGGCGGGGACAGAUCCCGCCGCCGCAGGCAAGAGCCGCCGCCGGUUCUUCAAGCUGCUGGCAGAGGAGGAGGGGGAGCAGACCUCGCCGGCGCCCCCCGCAUCCGCGUCGGCGAUCUACCCGACGCCAUCCUCCAGGACAUCAUCUCGCUCCUCCCCACCAAGGAGGCCGGCCGCACCCCGGUCCUGUCCUCCCGCUGGCGCCACCUGUGGCGCACCGCCCCGCUCGACCUCGACUGCCUCCAGCUCCCCAAGGAGCUCCCCGCGCUCGCCUUCGACGUCUCCCGCAUCCUCGCCGCUCACCAGGGCCCGGGCCGGUCCUUCUGCGUCGACACCCGCCUGUUCCACGCCAGCCCCAGAACCCUAGACGCGUGGCUCCGCUCGCCGGCCCUCGACGGCCUCCAGGAGCUCGACAUGUGCGGCUUCCGCCGCCAGCGCGAGCUCGCGUCGCUCCCGUCGCUGCCGCCGGCCACCUUCCGGUUCUCGCGCUCCCUCCGCGUCGCCGCGCUCAGCGAGUGCACCAUCUCCGACGCCGCCGCCAUGGCGUUCCGUUUCCCCCAGAUGCGGAAGCUCGAGCUCGAGCGCGUGAGGAUCUCGGAGGCUUCGCUGCACCAAGCCAUCGCCGGCUGCCCGAUCCUCGAGUGCCUUCUGCUCGGCCACAGCGUCGGAUCCCGCCGCGUCUGCAUCAGAUCGGCCACCCUUAAAACCAUCGGCGUGUGUUCUGCGUUAUGGGGUGAUGAUGAUGGCGCAUCGACAGGCAUAGUGGAGAUCAUCAUCCAGGACGCCCCUUCUCUGGAAAGGCUUGUAUUCCCUGAAGUACACCAGGGCCUGCGGGUGUCGGUAAUCGCAGGCGCAGCGCCAAGAUUGGAGACCCUGGGAUGCAUUUACGAUAUUGAUCCUUCCUCCAGGUUUGUGUUUGGCUCCAUGGUUAUUGAGCAAUUGCGUGUCGUUAGCUCGAGGUCGGUGGUAUCUGGUAUCAAGGUGUUAGCAAUCAACAUUUUCCGUCUGAGCUUGGAUAUGGUUAUCGACUUACUGAUGUGCUUCCCAUGCUUGGAGACGUUGUAUAUCCAGUCAUACCGGUCUGGGGGUAAUAAUCUGUGGCGCCGUAAACACCGCAAUCUUCUUCGAUCCUUUGACAUCCGUCUCAAGACAAUAGUGUUUCUUAGGUAUCGAGGCAUAAAAUCACAAGUAAACUUCGCACAAUUCUUCAUAUUGAAUGCAAGGAUGCUGGAGACUAUGAGACUUGAGGGUGGACACUACAUGGAGGAUGAAGUCUUCAUUGCACGCCAGCAUGAGCUGCUUCAGGUGGAGAACAGGGCUUCCAUUGGUGCAAGGAUUGAUUUUAAGAUGGAUAAAUGUGAUCACUAUCUUACACAUAUUAAGCAUGUUCAUGAUCUGUCUAUAACAGAUCCCUUUGAAUGUACAUGCGUCCCCAUAUAUUGA